AUGCUAAGAGAGGUCAAAGAUAAUGGUUUCUAAGGUACAUAAAAGGCAAAAAAUGAACUGAAAUUGUAACCUUAUUUGUCAAAAUAGGAUUAUAUAUUUGAUUCGCCUUUCCUCAAUACUGAACUAAUUAGACCAUCUUCACUUACUUAGUUAUCUAAAGACUGUUUGUUUGAUAAAUAAAAUGUUAUUAGCCAAAAUUAUGGCGUAUUUUGUUUAAUCAUUGAUGGUGGAGUAGAAAUGGAAGAAUUUAAUUGGAAUUUCGAGAUAAUUUUAAAAUUUGACAACUCACCACUACUAUUUAAGGAAGUAUAAAAUAACAAAUAACUCACACAGGAAGAACUUAAUACAAGAAUAUAAGCUUUCUAGGUUUGA